AUAAAUAUUUUUUAUGUACACUUAUGGUAAUCUACCAUGAAACUACAGCGAAACAUUUGACAUCUGAGCUAUAGGGCCUUCGAAGUUCGAACCACUCCCUACUCCGCUGCUGUUUCCUUCGAAGCGAGAGUUGAUUGCGGACGAGAGCAGCGAAAGUUGAUCGGCGAAGAUGAUCAAAGCAGUGAUGGUGAUGAACACUCAAGGCAAGCCUCGGCUCACGAAAUUUUAUGAAUUUCUGGUAAGGAAGAGACAAACUCAAUUUUCUCUUUUUUUUUUCCUUCCAUGUUUGAUGCGAAGAAACUGUAUCAGCUAGUUGAGUAAGCUUCCUUUCUGAUGAUCUCGCUUUAUCGAUGGAAUUUCUGCGAGGGCAAAGCCUGUGGAGAAGCAGCAGGGGAUUAUACGGACCGUGUUUGGAGUAGGGCGGAGAACGUUAGCAAUUUCAUGGAAGCGGAUUCAAUUUUCGGUCCGGAUAGUCGUCUUGUCUACAAGCACUAUGCGACUCUCUACUUCGUCUUUGUGUUCGAUAGUUCAGAGAACGAGCUUGCAAUGCUUGAUCUCAUCCAAGUUUUCGUGGAAACACUGGACAAAUGCUUCAGAAAUGUGUGUGAGCUUGACAUUGUAUUCAAUUACAGCAAGCUGCAUACCAUAUUGGAUGAGAUAAUCUUUGGAGGCCAAGUGCUGGAAACAAGUUCAGCCGAAGUCAUGAAGGUUGUUGAAGAAAUAUCAAGGCAAGAAUCAGCCUCAAACUCUAUAGGAUUAGUUACCAAAACAGUUUCUGGCUGGAGGAAUAGGUAGCACACUGUUUCAAGACCUCAUCGACAUCAGAUUUUAGGCUCCAACUCCCAUUAAACUUGCAUUCUCUCUCAUCCCUCUAUUUCAGCUGUUGUACUACUCUUUCCUCUGGCUCCUCACAGCUGAUCAGACUGCUGUUAGUUGAAAUCUUAUGAAAUUUCCAUUUCGAAGUUCACUCAUUCGCUUCUUUACAUCUAUUGAUUACGAAUUAAGUUGGAUGAUCUCUCGAGGAUGAUCAUCUCUAUAAACAUAAUGAAAAACAGCAUACACGGCAUAAUCAACUUUCUGGGCAGAACUCUUCUUAUUCUUACAAUUGGAUGAACCCCUCCGUUUGGUAUAUUGAACUCCUGAAGAACUACACGGGCAGAAUUACAUCCUGGUGCUCCCAUUACUCCACCACCUGCAUGGGUUCCGCUUCCACAAAGGAGGAAGAGACUGUCCAGUCCCAUGGCACCAUGAAAGGUAUUCCUGCCUGUGGAGAAGCAAACUCAGCUCAGCUCCCCAUAGAUCAGGUGUUUGUUUUUGUGGUUCUAAUUUGGGGAAGUACCUGUAAGGCCGAUGACGCGCUCCAGGUCUGGAGGAGUCAACAUGUCAUACCCAAUGACGGAGGUGCUGAAGCCCAGGGCAUACUCUUCAACCAAUCUGAAACAUCUUUCUGCAUACGCUUCCUGCAGAAAUGAUGGAUUUCAACACACACUGCGAUGACAGCCCUACUACAUGCUUGCCUACAAAGCCAGUGGUUGCGUGGAUUCAAUCAAAGUCAAAAAAACGAUCUUAUGACGAAAGUUCAUCCUGAGUUCUGCUUAGGGUAGACGUACCAGGGGGUGACAUGGUUUUGUCCAAAACCGAAGGAAUUGUCAUCUCCAUAACCGGUCUUCUUUAAGGUAAACCAUUAACUGCAUCUUGACACGCCUCAUCUAUUGUCUCCAGACUUUGUGGAUACAUUCGAAACAAAUCAUAGAUUCUAAAUUCAGGAAGAUAACGGAGCAAGAUACUAGUAGCAUAGUAGCAAUGGAAUGAAAUGCUUACUUGUCUGCUCCGAUUCGAAUCGUCCCCAUGAGGUGGGGACCUGGAUUAUGACUGCUCGACUUCCAAUAUGGGAAAUGGGACAGCUUAUCCACAGCAACGUUAAUCUUUGUCGAUGCCUGUUUUAGUUACAUCGAUCGUAUAGUAGUAACUGAGUGUUUGAAAAUCUACAACCUGGAAGUCAAUCAAAAAGUUGAGAACUUCAAUUCAAGAGAGAGCAAACAAAGCCUCACAGAGCUGUAGUUGGUAUUCUUCAGUGACGAGAUGAAAUCGCUGGGGAGAACAUCGCUUGGCAACAAUUCCUGUGAUUGAGAUGGAGAAUAAGAAACUGAAUUGAUGAUAGGACUGCUUUUUUCGUCCAAACCGAUCUGGUGCAUAUGCUAGAACAACACUUUACCAGGAAAGUUCUGUAAGGAGUGGCAUUCGACGGAACAACUCGAGAUAGGACUCGAGUACCGUCAGCAAGGACCACCUACAAACGUAGUGAACCAUGUUUUCCAUAGUUAGUCAGCUUAUAUUCAAUCCAAAGAACCUCGGAUAAUCGUCGGCGUCCCUUUUGGAGAAUUUGGAAAUCUCUGCAAGGUUGUGAUCGGCGUCGGUUCCAAGCAGAAUGUAACGGCCAUCAAAACAAGGCGUGAAAGAGAAUGCGCUUCCUUCCAGCAUCUUCAAUCCAUGCCUCUCCAACUCCAACUCUCUGUUCUCAAAACAAAUUAUCAGAAAAAACAGGGGAGAAACCGGGGAAGCAAUAGGAGUAGAAGAAAAAUGAUCACUUGAUGAUGGAGGGGCGAAGAAGACUCUGGAGGUAGCUGCAUCUGGAGAACUGGAAGCCAGGGAUGAUCUCUUCAGUAACGGCUGCGCCGCCGACGAGGUGGCGACGCUCAAGCACUACGACGGAGAGACCGGCUCGAGCGAGGUAGGCAGCUGCCGUCAAGACGUUGUGGCCACCGCCGAUGACCAGCGCGUCCCAUUUUUUCUCCUUGAGAGUAUGAGUCGAUGUGAAUGAGGAGGAGCUGGCCACGGUGGUGAAGCAUUUCCGCAACAUCUCCCUGCGUGAGUUCUGGGAUUUGCUUUCACUUUUGACUAUUCUGUUCUGCUUGUUUACGGGCAGUUAAGUUUAACCGCGAACUUGUUAGAUUGGCGCUUAGGGAGUGAUGUUUUUUUGGAGCGGAUUCAAUAUAGAACUAUAUAUAUAG